GUGCAAUGUGCAAGUAGUUGCGUUACUGUAUUUUUGGCUCAGCCUUCGAAGAAAGUCUACUGAAACGUUUUUGACAAUAUUUAAUCUGAAAUAUGUUGUUUUGUUCUCUGGCUCUACAAGAGUCCUGUUCACAUGGAACGUAAUUUUUACUAAACAUACCCAGAACUCAUAUAUGUGAUCAUAUCCCAAGUUCUUUUCGAUUCUGGGUUCUAGAAAUGAAAGGUCAUUCCAAUUCAACGUUGCCUCCGGGAUCAGUUCUGAUACAAUCUGGCCAGGCCAUUUCUCAGACUUCCGGCAUAGCUGCUCUCCAAACUAAUAGUGUCACAAGUGGUCCACAGAAUCUCCAAGUGUGGACUCCGUCACCAUCUGGAGCUAUUACGGUUUCAGGUAUCCCAUCAUCAAGGAGUUCUGCCAACUUGGUUACUCUCCCCUCUGGCCAGACUGUAUUGAUGGCCAACUUGGUAACAACGGCUACCACAGCACCGAUUUCUCUGUCAACAUCUUCAAUUGCUAAACAGCAAAUCCAAGUUCCAACGGGUCUUCCACCUGGUGGGCCCAUUGUCAUAUCUAAUCCCAAUUCUGCUGGUCCACUUGCUACACAGCUUACGAAUCCCACUGUCAUACAAGGUCCUAACGGUCAAAUGUCAGUGGCAUUACCAGGUGGAAUAAUAAGUAGCAAUACAUUAAACUCAUUCAAUAGUUCAUCCACUCCUUUUGUUUCAAGCACAUUGGGAAACAUAUCUACCGAUCAACCUGUACAUAUCGCUCAGAUUGUUGAUAACCAUUUGCGUCCAGGAACGGCUUGUUUCACAACAAAUGCUGGCUUUCAGGGAAUAACACCUAUGAAUCAAGUACUUUUGGACUCAACAGGUUUUAAUCUUGGCAAUGCUCAAACACAAAACAAGUUGAUUAAUAUGUCAUCCAUCAGACCUCCUGGACUUGUGUCUUCUCCCAUGCAACCAGUUCACCCUGGUAAUUCGUUUGUUGCAACUGGAAAUAUUCCUAGAGGUUUGUCUGUUAACCUUUCUUCUGACAUCACAAAUUCUCAGUCAAAACCAUCAGUUUCUCAACCAGUCAUUGUCUCUACUUCAAAUUUGCCUGUUCAAGAAGCAGCUAUAUAUUCAGUUCAAGAUGAAUGCUCAUCGGCAAUGCAAAAUGGUACUUCUACUUCGGGUCCAGUUACAACAUCUGUGGUUGAUGUUAGCUCAACUAACAAUCCAUCUAUUUCAACUGCUGGGGUUACUGUCGUCGAAAUACCUUGCUCACCUGAAAAUGGUCAAACAAAUCUCGACUCAAAGUGCAUCACUGAUGAGCAAACUAAUUCCGUUUUCACAUCGAGUUCCUUAUCUGAGUUGUUGACUGAAUUUGAACCUCAUUUACAACUAGAUCCUGAUGUUGAAGAGGUUAUAACUAAUUUAGCUAAUGAAUUUAUUGUAAAUUGUGCAGAAAAAGCUCAACAACUUGCUUUACAUAGAGGUAUAUCAAAUGUUGAAGCAAAAGAUGUUGUAUUUUGUAUGGAACGUGACUGGAACGUUAUUGUCCCGGGUUUCGCUACUGAGGAACGACUUGUACGUAAAAGUUUCACAACUGAAGCACAUAAACAGCGCUUAGCUUUAAUUAAAAAGCAAAUUAAGAAAAUGUGAAUAUAUAUAUAUAUAUCACUUUGUAUAUUCAAAAUUAUCCUGUUUUUCACAUCUCCCCUCCGUUAUUACACUUAUAUUUAUUUAAUUCUGCCUUCUGUUGACUUUUACUUUUUUAGUGGGGAAAACUAUUUUUUUAAAAUAAAAAGGUUAUUUGACGUAAAUUAAAUUGUUUUUUAUCAUGGUAAUUAUUAUGUAAUUUAUUUUAGGUGACAGAUUUCAUUUCUGUAAAUUGAUAUGUUACAAAAUACCUGAUUGGUAUUGAAUUACUGUUGUGUACCAUGGUCUAAUACGUUUUUCAAGGUAGAAAAUACGAUUAAAAUUAUUUGUAUGAACCA